GAGUGAGGAUGUAAGUUUUCAGUGUAAAAACUUCGGUGUAUUUUAAGUGAACUGCUGUGCUGAGUUAGAGAAGGAUAGCAUUAGUCCGAAAUGUCGGGGAUUGCAUCCGCUCUCGCCAAACAGAGGGCACGGGCUGCAGGCUUUGGUACCAACGCCAAUGCUGUCAAAUACUUGAACCAGGACUUCGAAGCGCUCAGGAGCCAGUGCCUGAGUAACGGCGUUCUAUUUUCCGAUCACAAUUUCCCAGCUGCACCCGAGUCUUUGGGUUUCCAAGACCUUGGACCGCGUUCGCCUAAAACCAGAGGGGUCGAAUGGAAAAGACCCGGGGAGUUAUGCCGAAGUCCACAGUUCAUCGUUGGAGGGGCCACCAGGACCGAUAUCUGUCAGGGAGCCCUUGGUGACUGCUGGCUCCUGGCUGCCAUUGCGUCUCUCACCCUGAAUGAAGAUGUGCUGGCCAGGGUUGUCCCCAGUGGACAAGGAUUUGGGGGCGACUAUGCUGGCAUUUUUCACUUCCAGUUCUGGCAGUUUGGAGAAUGGGUGGACGUGGUGAUCGACGACAAGCUGCCCAGCAAAGACGGAGAGCUGCUGUUCGUCCACUCGGCCGAGGGCUCUGAGUUCUGGAGCGCCCUGCUGGAGAAGGCCUAUGCUAAAAUUAACGGUUGCUACGAAGCCCUCUCUGGGGGUUCCACCACCGAGGGCUUCGAGGAUUUCACGGGCGGGAUCGCGGAGAGCUACGAGCUGAGAAAAGCCCCAUCCAACUUUUUCCAGAUCAUCAAGAAAGCCCUUGAUUCAGGAGCUUUGCUGGGCUGCUCCAUCGAUAUCACGAGUGCGUCGGAUUCCGAAGCGGUGACCCGUCAGAAGCUGGUGAAAGGACACGCCUACUCCCUCACAGGAGCUGUGGAGUUGGCUUGCCGUGGCCGUAUGCAGAAGCUUGUCAGAGUUCGGAACCCCUGGGGGCAGGUGGAGUGGACCGGAGCCUGGAGCGACAGCUCCCGCGAGUGGGACGAAAUUCCAGCGGGCGAGCGUCCGAACGCCAACGCAGAGGACGGAGAGUUCUGGAUGUCUCUGGAAGAGUUCAUGAGGCAGUACUCGCGUGUGGAGAUCUGCACCCUGACGCCGGACGCACUGACCAGCGACGGCUACAAACCCUGGAGCACCUGCAAAUUCGAUGGCAGCUGGAGGAGAGGCUCCACGGCGGGAGGCUGCAGGAACAACCCCUACACGUUCUGGAUGAAUCCCCAGUUUGUGAUAAAGCUGGACGAGGAGGAUGACGAUCCGGAUGACAAUGAGGUGGGCUGCAGCUUCGUGGUGGGCCUGAUCCAGAAGAACCGGCGCCGUCUGAGGAAAAUGGGGGAGGACAUGCACACCAUCGGCUUUGCCAUCUACGAGGUUCCAGAACAGUUCCACGGACAGAGAGAGGUCCACCUGGAUAAGAACUACUUCCUGACCCACGCUCAGAAGGCCCGGUCCGAGACCUUCGUCAACCUGCGGGAGGUCAGCACGCGCUUCAAAAUGCCCGCCGGGGAGUACCUGAUCGUGCCCUCCACCUUCGAGGCUCACAAGGACGGCGACUUCUGUCUGCGUGUUUUCUCCGAGAAACAGCAUGAAACACAACACUGCGAUGACCCAAUUGAUGCACAGCUGGACGAUGAGGUGGUGUCUGAUGCAGAGGUGGAUUCUGGAUUUAGGGGUUUGUUCGUGAAGCUUGCAGGAGCCGACAUGGAGAUUUCCGCAGUGGAGCUACAAACCAUCAUGAAUAAAAUUGUCGCAAAAAGAACUGAUAUCAAAACUGACGGCUUCAGCCUGGAAACCUGCAGAGUCAUGGUUAACGUCAUGGACGACAGUGGAAAUGGCAAACUGGGACUGGGAGAGUUUGCCACACUGUGGAAGAAAGUACAGAAAUACCUUGGUAUCUACAAGCAUAAUGACCUGGAUGGAUCAGGCACUAUGAGCACCCCAGAGAUGCGCGUGGCUCUAAAGGAGGCAGGUUUCACGUUGAACAACAGCAUAUUCCAGGUCCUGGUGGCUCGGUACGCGGAGACAGACAUGACUAUCGACUUCGACAACUUUGUGGGCUGUCUGAUGCGCCUGGAGAUGAUGUUCAGACUUUUUAAGAAGACCGACAUUGAUAACAGCGGCUCCAUAGAGCUGAACUUCCAUCAGUGGCUGAUGUUUACUAUGAUCUAGAAGGCCUCUGCAAGUCUUCAACUGAAAACCACUGUACAGCCUGACAAGUAUACACGCAUAUGGGUCUAAGUGAACAGUAUUUUUUAAAUUGUUUUUAACACAUUUUGUAUACCUUUGAAUCUUAAAUGCUGCGUGGUAUUAUAUAUUAUGUCUUGUGUGGAGGAAACCAUAGCAAUAAAUUUGCCACAACCACUUUGUAAGUUGUUGUUGAAUUAAAUGUUUUUGUCAGGUGGGGGUGUGGGUUAACAGCCAUUUUAGGAACUUAUGAUAUUGGCAUAAAGGUGAUUUAUUUUGAUCUCCGGCCCAAUUUAUGUUGGAUUGUGGUAGCAACCAUAGCAUAAACAUUCUUUAGAUGUUGCCCAUCCGUCUGAUAAGUGUGCUGAAAUGUGGAGUUUAUCAUGCGUGAUUUCGGAAUUGCACAAAAUUUUAGAAUAUCUUUUGGGCUGUCAUGCCAUUUCCAAGUUCUGAGAACAUGUGUUGUUUGUAACCAGGGCUAGUAAAAAAGCGACAAGUUGGUGGUAGUCACCUUACUUGGGGAAAAAAGCAGUAAAAGGAGCUGAACCAAUCACAGAGAACAUUGGUGACAUCCAACUGGAGACCAUUGACAGUGAUUGGUGAUGUUGUCUGGCUCCUUCGUGGUAAUUACCACAGAGAUCUUCGAAAUAAAAAUAUGAAGUAUCCACAAAUCACAGUGAUGAUAUCUAUGGUGGUGAGCGUAUUCUUUUCCUGAUUAACAAUGUUAUCUUCCUUUUCCUUCUUUUCCACUUUUUAAAAACUGGGAUAGAGUCCUGAUUUUUUUUUACUAUUUUCUGCAUUUUGUACUUAAUAUUUUAAAACCAUAAGUGGCUCAAUGCCACACGCUGUUUCAUGGUGACAACAUUCUUCUAAAAUAAAAUUUUAGAAUAUUGAUUUAGAGACAACAUUGCCAGUGAAAUCUGUGACCUCUUUAAACUCAGAUCAGUGAGAAUAUAAAGUUACAACAUCUUAAAUUCUCGUUGAUUUCCUUUCCUGUUGUACCCAAGUGUCUCAUAUGAUUGCUAUGUCUCUCAUUUCCUUAUCAGAGCCUCAUGUGAGAAAUGGCCACUGGUCUGGAAGGUAAACUGUUCAAUGAAAUAAACCUGACAUAAGGAAACA